AACACCCAAAGCCUCACCAAAGGCUGCAACACCCAAAGCCUCACCAAAGGCUGCAACUCCCAAGGCCUCACCAAAGGCUGCAACUCCCAAGGCUUCACCAAAGGCUGCAACACCCAAGGCCUCACCAAAAGCUGCUACGCCUAAAACAGCCACUCCCAAGAAGACCCCUGUUAGAGUUACAUCGAGCAAAGCAACUCCUAAAUCAUCUAAAGGAAAGGCUGCCAUCCUUGUGGUGAGAAUUCCAUCUCCUCGCAAAUCUACAUCCCCCUUCAAACAGAGUCCAGGUCAAAAGAGACCUGCUCUUGAUGUAUCAAUGUCUGGAAUAGCUGACUUAUUCUCUACUCCUAAGGCUAAAACACCCACAAAGGCAGUCACACCCAAGGCUAAAACACCCACCCCUAAGAAGGCAGCCACACCCAAAGCAAAGACACCCACCCCCAAGAAGGCAGCCACACCCAAGGCAAAGACACCUACCCCCAAGAAGGCAGCCACACCCUCACCAGCACCCCCUAGUGCUAAGAAGUCUAGAGUUGAAGCUGACUUGGCUUCUCCACCAGUUGAAAUCAAGAAAGCUGUAGCCCUACGUGCCAUAUUAGGUAAAGCCGCAACACCAAAGCUGCCAAAGUCCAUGAAGACACCUAAACGUGUCACAUCCACAAAGAAAGCCACCCCAAAGAGGACCCCCAAAGCCAAGACAUGGUCUCAGAUUGUGAAGGGGGGUAUUGCUGCAACAGGCCCGGCUGCUAGGUCAGCUAAGAAGCUAGCUUUAAAAGCUCCUGCUAAACAACUGAAAACUACCAAGAAGACCCCACGUGGCAAGACUCCCAAGAAGACCCCCAGGGCUAAGCUCGGGGCUGCUGCUUCUACAGGACAUGCCGACUCACCUGCCACUAUAGUAAUCCAGCGUAAGAUCACCAAGACACCUGUGCAGCCAACACGCAAGGGACGCAAGACUCCAGCUAAACAGCCUUCAAAGUCAAACUUAGACGUGAGUUUCACUGGUGUUGGAGAUAUGUUAACCACCCCUAAAGGCAAGACCCCUAAGGGAAGGACCCCCAGUAAGACCCCCAAGGGAAAGACUCCUCUGACUCCUUAUUCUGAUCUACCAGCCACCCCAGAAGGACCAGGAGAGAUGUUUGUGUCACCACUAAGUGAGGGCACACCAAGCAGAUCUCGUCGAAGCAUUAAUCUCAGUGGAGUCAGGAACCUUCUCAAGACACCUAAAGCUCAGUCCUCUCCACAAUUGGCAGGUGUAAAAAAUAUGCUGACAUCCCCCAAAAGUCAGUCUUCUCCUCAGUUGGCAGGUGUUAAAAAAAUGCUGAAAUCCCCCAAAGUCAGCAAGACCCCCAGAAUGGCUGGCGUUAGAAAUAUGCUGAAGACCCCAAAACAGGCUAAAUCUCCGCAAGUAACUGGUGUCAAGGAACUUAUGAAGACUCCCAAAUCUCCCAGGGAAGCUGACUUGAGUGGUCUGAAAGAACUGAUGACAACUCCCAAGGCUAAGACCCCAGCUAAGAAAGCAGCAACUCCUGCAAAGGAGCCAACACCUAAGAAAGCAACACCAGCUAAGAAAGCCACACCUAAAGCUCCAGUCAAUAAGAGGAAGAGAGGAGCAAGUCCAGCUCCAGUACCAACUGCCAAGAAGGCCAGAAUUGAAGCGACUCCAGCAAAGGCCCCUACCCCAAAGAAGGAGUCUCCUGUCAAAACAGUCACACCCAAAAAGGCUCCUACUCCCAAGAAAAAUUCCCCUGUCAAAGUUGCCACUCCCAAAAAGUCCCCUGCUCCAAAGAAGGGAAAAGCCACUAAAGCCAAGGCUGCCCCACCUACCCCUGCUAGCCCCUCUCCAGUCAAACCAAGGACCACUAGACGAGGAAAGGUUGCCGCUGCUCCUAAGAAGGAAACUCCUAAGAAGAAGGUGGCCAAAAAGCCUGAACCAACUCCGGAAACCAGCCCAUCACCAGUGAAGGCCAGAACUACACGUAGAGGUGCCAAGAAACCUGUCACACCCAAGAAGGCUGCCACACCAAAGAAGGUCGCUACAAAGAAAGCAAAGGGUGAGGAAGCUGUUGUGGUGUUAACACCAGUGCAACCCAAGGGAAGGCGAGGUGCAAAGAAGGUUGCAGCUCCUACUCCUGCAGCUAGUCCUUCACCAGUGAAACCUAGAACCAGCAGAAGAGGAAAAGCUGUUACUCCCAAAAAGGCUGCUACUCCAGUUAAAGCAGCAGCAAAAACUGCAAAGAAAGCUGUGAGUCCGGUCAAGCCUGCCACGCCAGCCAAACCAGUAGCAAGGCGAGGCAAGAGAGGUGCUCCAGUGGAACCAGCAGUCAGUGAAGCAAGUCCUGCCAAGAAGCCAACCCCUGCACCUAAACCAGAAACUCCCAAAGCCCCAACACCUAAAGUAACAAGGAGAGGAAAGAAAGCUGCCCCUAAAGCUGCUACUCCCAAAGCUCCUACACCUAAAGUUACCAGACGAGGUAAGAAAGCAGCUCCAACCAAAGCAGCUACUCCAGUAAAACCAGCCCCUGAACCCAAAAGUGUGACCCCUAAAGCACCUUCACCUAAAGUGACCAGGCGAGGAGGUAAGCGUGGUGCUCCAGCUGCGGUGUCCCCAGCCCCUGUGAAGAAGGCUGCCCCAGCAAAGAAGGCCCCUGCUGCCAAGAAAGUAGUAGAGAAGCCUGAAAGUCCUGUUAAACCUGCAACACCGAAACCUUCAAGGUCAACUCGAGGAAAGAAGGCCGCUUCCCCAGUAAAGAAGGCUGCCACCCCUAAAGUAACUCGUGGA